AUGUCUGCAAUUGAUUCUCCAGUUCUUCCGGGCCUCCCACCAUCAUGCCACUAUGUACACAGCUUCAUCACUCCGGCAGAAGAAGAGCAGAUUCUUGACCAAAUAGCGCGACUUCCCCAGUCUAGGUGGACCGUUCUCAGCCAUCGUCGACUCCUUUCACUACCAUCCUCACUGGUUGGGUCUUCCAAAGAUGCCCUCAUCGAUGCACCCAUGCCGACAUUCCUUGACUCAAUAGUGCAUCGCCUGGAAGAGCAUGGUUACUUCGAAGGUUCAACGCAUCAGGCACCAAACCAUGUCUUGAUAAAUGAGUACAGACCAGGAGAAGGCAUCAUGCCACAUGUAGACGGGCCGGCGUACAAUCCGAUAACUGCCACUGUGAGCCUUGGGAGUCACACGGUCCUUGACAUCUACAAAAAGAAUGCGACCGGUGAGCGAAAUGCCACUCCUACGUGGCGCAUCCUUCAAGAACCACGAAGUCUGCUAGUCACACUUGGGGAUAUGUACGUCGACACCCUACACGGCAUCUCCGAGCUCACAGUCGACGAUCAUCUGGACAAUGACCAUAUCAUCAAUUGGGAGUACCUUGGGGAUAGGAAACCAUUUGAGUCUGGCAAAGCCGAAAGAGACACGAGGAUCAGCCUCACCCUACGUGACGUGACAAGGGUUACAAAAUUAGGAGGUGCCUUGAAAUUCAUGAAGCGAUCUUGA